UCAUCUUCUAGUCUUCGUCCCCUUGGAUUACUUUUGAUAGCUAUCACUACUUCACAAGAUCCAGAAACAAUCGCAGCAUGCUCAUAACACAGAAGAAGCCCAUCAGUCUCCUGAACUCAGAGAAUAAGAUCGAGCUAGUCUAUCUGGAACACAAAAUGCACAUUGUAGCUGAUACUUACGUUGUUCUGAACGAGAUUAGCAGAUGCCGUCUAGGAUCAGUUCACCUCGCCACCCAUGUUAAGAACAGAUCGGUGGUCGCUAUUAAGUUCGUUCCUACAAACGUGGUACAGUGCUUCAACAACGAGACCGUUCUUCAGAAGAUAUUCUGCAAUCGGAAACAGGAUCAGAUUGACCUGACUGUAGGGAAGUUGCCCGCUGAGUUUGUGUAUGGAACUGUUUGUCAGUCUCCAGAGACAAUACGGUACGAUGGCUGCUACGUUGACCAGGGUUGUUGGGCUAUGGUUAUGGAGUUUCCAGAGGGUUACUCAGUUCUCAGAGACUACGUUAUCUCCCACGGUCCUCUGGACCUCCCUUCGCUUUACAAGUUAGCAAGACAGCUAGCUACAGCUCUGAACACUUGUGUAGUAAACGGAGUGGACCACCGAGACCUGUCCCAGGAGAACAUCCUCUACAACCCAGCGACAAAGCAGAUCAAACUAGUGGGAUUCGGUCAUGCUACCUCGCUAUCUCACAGCAAGGAACCUUAUAAAGCACCUAAAGACAGCAGUAACCUGCCCCCGGAAGCUAAGAAAUACGGAGUUUGUAGUCCUCUUCAGACUCUAGUCUGGAAGUUCGGUUCAGUCCUGCAUUACUGCAUGGUGGGAGCAGGCAGACUCAGCAGACUAAGUGGGGGAAGUAGCAGCCCUCCAUCUCUCUCUUCCAGCAAUAAUCCCGUAGAGUUCAUCAUUCGGAGGUGCUUAGAUAAGGAUCCAAGGACCAGGAUCCUGUUUAGCAACCUUCAGAAACACAUCCACCAACACUUGUGAUGAUAGAAUGGAAUAGAGUUGUGAAGUUUAGUCUUUCACAGAACUGCUGGAUUCUAGAAUUGUGAUGUUAUU